AUGGGUCGUUCAGUGGAUGACGCGGAUAUGUUGAGAGCCCUGCGCGGUGCCGCUCCAGAUGUAGUCCGUUCCGCGCUCCCGUCUACCAAAAUACCAGACUCCAUUGACCAGCUACUCGCUGCGCCGCAGAAAAUCGUUAUUCCAGAACGAUACAUCCCGGAGAAGCCUCCAGAGCUUUCACCAGAAGAACAGCAAAGAAGACAAGAGAAAGUCGAAUCAAUCAAGAAGAUGCUAACUAGUUCUUCAGCAGAUCCUAGCAAGAGCCCGGACGGCGAACAGAAAAGACAGCGCGAACACUUGCUGCAGAUGAACCAGAUUCUUGCCAAGCAGGUCACAGAGAUGAGCAAAAUUAUCGCCGGAACCAACGCCGAAGGGCCGUCCACAGAGAACUGA